UAUAAAUACAUCUGCGCAUGUGAACAAGUUUCACUUCCGGUCAAUUUCAUAUAGCGGAGUCUACAAGCUUCAAAAUUGUGUGUAAAAUCACAAUGUUUUCAAGAUUUGCAAAGCCGACUGGUAGUUUGCUAUCACGAGCAUUUUCAACCACUCUCUCAAACAACGCAAAUGUGGCCGUUUGUGGUGCGAGUGGUGGUAUAGGCCAGCCUCUGUCUUUGCUGCUUAAAUUGUCCCCAUUUGUAACACGCUUGUCACUAUACGAUAUUGCACACACGCCCGGUGUGGCAGCAGAUUUAAGUCACAUAUCAACAAAAGCAUCAGUGAAGGGAUACCUGGGACCCGAUGAGCUGCAUGAUUGUCUAAAAGGCGCAGAGGUUGUUCUUAUUCCUGCAGGAGUGCCAAGAAAACCUGGCAUGACAAGGGAUGACUUGUUCAACACAAAUGCAUCCAUUGUGCGGGAUAUUGUGAAUGCUAUUGCCGAUGUCUGCCCAAAAGCCAUGAUUGCUAUUAUCACCAAUCCAGUGAACUCAACAGUACCAAUUGCGGCUGAGGUCUUAAAAAAGAAGGGAGUCUACGACCCUAAACGUUUGUUUGGUGUGACAACAUUGGAUACGGUCCGAUCGAGCACUUUCAUUGCAGAAGCUAAGGGCCUGAGUGUAAAGUCAGUGAAUCUGCCAGUUAUCGGUGGCCACAGUGGAGUCACGAUUGUUCCUCUCAUCUCCCAGUGUACACCACAGGUCUCCUUCCCACAGGAUGUACGAGACAAAUUGACCGUGAGAAUUCAGAAUGCUGGCACGGAAGUUGUAGAGGCCAAGGCUGGUGCUGGAUCAGCCACCCUUUCGAUGGCAUACGCAGCUGCUCAGUUUGCUGAGAGUCUGAUUGAGGCGAUGAGCGGAGCUGUUGGGAAAGUGGAGUGUGCAUACGUUGAGUCCACUGAGACCGAGGCCAAGUACUUUGCCACUCCUGUCAUGCUUGGGAAAAACGGGGUAGAGAGCAACCUGGGCAUUGGAAAAUUGCUUGAUUACGAGAAGAAACUGUUGGACGCUGCAAUGCCAGAACUUCUCGCCAACAUCAAGAAAGGCGAAGACUUUGUGAACAAGUAGAAUAGACAUUCAGUUCACUGGAGAAACAAUGUUGCAAUUAGUUUGUGUUUGUGAUAUAGUGGGAAAAAUUUAUCUUGAACUAGCUGAUUUAUCAUUCUUGUGUUUGUUAGCGUUGGUUUUUUUGGUUUUGUGAAGAUUCCGAAAUUGAUCUUAAAAAGAGAGUUUAAAUUCAAAUUUAUCAAGACUGUCCGGUACUUUGCACAGCUUUUACGAAUUUUAACCACUGAUUAAUAAGUACCCCUCUAGUAAAUAAAUGUAUAUAUUUAACAACCAGCACCAUGUACAUGCAGUUCUUGUUAUUAACUUUUGAUCUUGGUAAGGUUGUUUACAUUUUCAGAUGGAACUAGUUCAACAGUUCCUUUCACAAUUAUGUGUAGUAUGGUGUCUAAGUGCUCUAUAUCAGUUGAUGUGCUAAUGUAUUGGGUGUACAUGUAUGCUUGUAUUUUCACCACUUCAAAUACUAGACCACUAAUAGUGUUAUGAAAAAGUUGGAACUGCUAUGCUGCAUGUAUAUAGAUCUCCCUUCUGUGGUCAAACUUGUAACACAAAAUUUAUUGUUAAUGUAUUUUUAUGGAAAAUAAAACUCAGUAACUGUU